GCUAUUUAUGUGUACAUUCUAUGGUGACUCACUGCAUAAAGUUUUCAGAAAGUUGAAUAUUAAACUCCAGUCUGAUGGAGUUAUAUUGAAUUGACAUGAGUGUAAAGAGAUUCUAGCUUCGACCAAGUUGACAACCUACACAGGUAGACAAAGCAUAACAAUAUGGCAGCCAAACAGCAUCAUCUUAUGGAUCAACCAGAGAGAAUGGUACAUCUCAAUGCAGCAUCAUUAAAAUGUUUUGAAAAGUCCGAUUUUAUGCUCAACAACAGAUCCUUUGAUGAGGUCAACACCACUGAUGUUCAUGGUGAUAUUCCACUUGAUCUCUCCAUGAAAAAGCCUAAAGGGCAAGAUGAUCAAAAACACAGAGGAAAUACCGACCAAGUGACUACUUCUUACAGUCUCGUAUCAGUUGAAUCUGGAGAGAAAGAGGUGGGCACUAUUCUUGACAUAAAGAAAGAACCUGAAGAAAAUGUAGCAAUAGAUGACAGAAUUCUUGCAAAACAGGGUGAUACAUCAACACUUGACAUCAAAGAUGAGUACACAUGUUCCAUACCAGGUGACCAAGCAUCUAUUGAAAGCGUUUCAUUCAAGGAUAAAGGUCCUAAGAGGUGUCCAGAAGCCAUGCAGUUGAAGGAUUUGACUUUAGACAUGGAUGAUUUUGGUAAAGGACUACAUACUUGUCAGAUCUGUAAUACAACAUUCACCAAGAGUUCCCACCUUGAAUCCCAUAUGAAGCUCCAUGCCCAUGAAGCCAUGAGGGAAACAACGAAUAGAUCACAGGAAGAGCACAUAACUGAAAGUAAAAUACCACAAACUACAUUAAAAAUCAAAAGAAUGAAAGUAAACAUGAACUUUUCAAAGAAACCCAAAACAAAGUUGGACUCCUCUUAUGUGAACCAGCAUUUACUAAAAGGGAAUCUUCCUUCUAAAGUCGAGAAUAUAAAGAAGAACAGACAAUCAAAUAAAAACAAUAUUGCAGUUUCACCUCAAAAAACACUGUCUCCUCAAAUUAAGGGUAGGAAAAGAAAGGUUGAAGUGCCAGAUUUGAAAGUGAAGAAAGCAAAGAAGAUUAAAAACAAAAUUACCAAACAGGAAGCAUCAAUUGAUAAAAAUAAAAAAUCAGAUUACAAUAAUGAUUGUCAAUUUGGAGAAAUGAAUAACCAAAAGAGGGAGAAACCAACCACUAUUGUUAAGACGGCAAAACAACCUAAAUCUCUUCUUCAAUCAGAAAGUGAUAUUAUUGCCAAAUAUUCAGUAUGGGAGGUUCUUGACGCUAAUCAAAAUGAAGUGUUAAAAUGUACAAUAUGCUACAGAACAUUUGAGUCUGUAUUACAAUUCAGGCAUCAUAUGCAUGGAGCCAUGUUGAAUGAAGUUAAGAAGCUUACUAAAAACACAUUGGAUCAGAAAAAGCUAAGACCAACGAUAAAAAAUGCCUCGUUUCUUGGUUCACAUUGCAGAUUUUGUAACCAUGGGAACUAUAAAAGUAUCAAAUCUGUAAAAUACCAUGAAAAAUAUUGCUCUGAAAACGAAGAUAUUUGUCGAAAUUGUUACAUGUUUGAAACUGAUAAUAAGGAGGAUUUAGCAAAGCAUGUACAGGAAUGUAGCAAACUUAGCCAUCCAGCGUACACAUGUCCUGGGUGUUCAGUUGGUUUUGUUAUAAGAUCUGACUAUAUUUAUCACAAAAACUGGUGUUUUAAAUCACACCAAUGUCCUAUAUGUCAUGACACCAUGUCACAGAAAGAGUUUAAGAGACAUGCUGUAGUUUGUUUUAAUGGGUCAAACAAGUCCCUGAUAUGCCCAAUGUGUAAUCAAGAAUUUGACUCGGUGCCAUUAGCUGACAAACAUAGACUAACCUGCUUCAAAUGUGUGGCAUGUGAUCAAGACUUUUCAUCAUGGUGUAACCUCAGGGACCAUAUGCUUGUUUGUAUGAGGCAAGAGAAGGCAGGAUGUAAGCCACGCAAAGACAAGCUAUGUUUCUACUGUGGGGUCAUGUUUCCCGCUAAUCUAGGGAGACGACAGGCAGAUAAAUACAAACGUCACAUCCAACAACAUGAGAAGGACUACAGAUAUAGCUGUAGCUUAUGUGAUAAGCAGUUCGUCGAAAAAUAUAAGUUAAAGAUACACAUGAGUGUACACACAACGGAGAGGCCACACAGUUGUGAUGUAUGUGGAGAUAAGUUCAAAACCAUCAAUGCUUUGGCAAAUCAUAUGACCUUCCAUAGUGAGAGGAAAUACCAGUGUCAACUAUGUGACGCUUCCUUCCAGAACCCAAUGUCCCUUACCAGACACCAAGUUGUACAUAGUGGUGAAAGAAAAUACAAGUGCAAUCGCUGUGAUAAGACAUUUACACAGAAGUCAUCAUUGAAGAGGCAUGAAAAUGUUCAUGAUGGUGUCAGAGCAUUCAAAUGUGAAGAGUGCAAAAUCUCAUUCACCCAACGAUAUCCCCUUACAGUACACAUGGAAAAGAUGCAUGCGGUUGUGUCAAGUACCAAAAAGAAAAACAAACGAGAAAACUUCAAGAGAAGAGAAUUAUUCAGUAGCUGCCCUGUAAAUCAGACUAUGGAACCACCAAGUCAUCCUCAUGAAUGAAUGUCACAUCCUAGGACAGUUUAAACCACAUAACGAUUGAGGCAAAAUUACCAUCAAAUACAACCAAUAUGGAAUAUUUUGCUGAAUAAUGCAGUGUAGUCUAUUGAAUACUUAGAUUUGAUUACCAGUAUUUUUAAACUUUUUCAAAUGUAUUAUUAAUGUGCCAUGAUGAAUAUUACAUACUUUUCUUGUUUAGAAAGUCUUCUAAAGUUGAUUUAGAGUUUUCUAUAUCAAAUCUCGGGAUAAGUUUGAAUUAGUACUAUGAAUCACACAACUGAACUGUGGAAUGGAUUUGACUUCCAUUAACCCAUCUUUUUGUGUUGCAUUGUAUUGCAUGUUGGAUUAUAAGUUAGAAAUAAAAAUGUCAAC